ACGUGAUCGAGUCCACCAGAAGCCGCGGUCGCGCGCACGGUCGCUCGGUCUCUCGGUCAUGCCCACCUUCAUCAGCUCGAGCCUCGAGGGCGCGCUUGCGUGUGCGCGCGCAGAGUCCGGCCCCCCCACCACCGCCCCCCAGCGGCCCUCCGACGCCCACAGAGCCAAUCACCCGCGCCGCUGGAAGAGGACACGCGCUUCCUGGUCGCGGGUUUAAGGAGGAGUCCGUCAGGAGCGGGUCAGAACCGGCAGAACCGGCGCACACACACGCGCACAGAUCAGCAGAAGCCCGUGCGCGCGGACGCGUCACAUUGAGGAAGUGCGCGCUCGGUCAGGUGGGACGCGCGGGGGAAACUCAGGUGACACCGGCUCAGGACUGACCCAGAGCGACAGAACGACAGAAGCGGCGCCGGAGUUUAUGGACUGGAGAUCUCAGUCAGAUGCUCGUCUUCCUGUCGCUGCAGCCGUUGAUCCGGAGGGCGAGGGAUUGUGUGUUUUCGGAAACUUGCGAGCGUUUCGAAACGAGCCGAUGCGCCGGGAGCGAGGGGCACGUGGGCGCCGGGGGGGCGUGUCCAACACCGCACACAUGACAGGAAGAGACAGAGAGAAGAAAGAGGAGAAGAAAAAGGUUGAGAUCCCCUCCGACGAACCCCAAACUCUCAGAGAAGUGUGUGUGAGACAGAGAGAGAGAGACCGACGGAUCUAUGACACACACGGCAGUGCAACUCCUGUCCACGACCAUGAAGGGGCGAACGGUGGCGAUGUCUCCAGGAGAGGACGGUCUAAUCGGGAUCCCCUUCCCGGAGCACAGCAAUGAGCUGCUGUCCCGACUCAACGCGCAGCGGCGGAACGGGCUCCUCUGCGACCUCACGCUGACCUCCCGCGGCACACGUCACCCCACGCACCGCUCCGUCAUGGCGGCCGUCAGCCUGUACUUCCGCCGUCUGUUCGGCGCGGAGGAGGGCGAGGAGGGGGGCGAGGGCGUGGGCGACGGGUGCAGCGUGUGCCAGCUGGACUGUGUGUCGCCCGACGCGCUCGCCGCGCUGCUGGAGUUCGCCUACACCGCCACGCUAACCAUCCGCAGCUCGGGCAUGCGGGACGUCCUGAAGGGGGCGCAGCUGCUGGGCAUCCAGUGCGUGGCGGACGCGUGCCGGGACAUUCUGGGCGAGGCGGGCGAUGAUCUGGCGAAUCCCGUGAAGGAGGUGGAGCGCUUGCCGUCGCGUCGCAAGCAGGACCGGUGCUCCGUAGCCAGAGCCGUGUCUCCCGCUAGACCUGUUAGCUUCAUAGCGCCCGCGUCAGAGGAUACGCCUGAAUACGGUUUGCUUCCCACGCAGGGACGAGAAUCCCACGCCCACCAAAGGUUCCUGAUGAACGGAGGCACGCAUGAGUCCUACAGGCCCGAAGACACGCCCUCUGAGGAGGAGGAGCCUGGAGCGCCGGAGCGGGCCACACCUCAUCACAGCCAAUCACAGCAGGGGGACGGGGGAGGGGGCGGAGCCACGGUCGGGAGCGUUCGUAAGAGAAAGUCUCAGACGCCACAGCAGUGUCCCGUCUGCCAGAAGAUCAUCCACGGGGCCGGGAAGCUGCCGCGGCACAUGAGGACACACACGGGCGAGAAGCCGUUCCAGUGCUCGGCCUGCGGCGUGCGCUUCACACGGAAUGACAAGCUGAAGAUCCACAUGCGUAAGCACACGGGUGAGCGCCCGUAUCCGUGCCCCAGUUGUCCCGCGCGGUUCCUGCACUCCUACGACCUGAAGAACCACCUCUCGCUUCACAGCGGCGACCGGCCCUUCGAGUGCCCGCUGUGCCACAAGGCGUUCGCCCGCGAGGACCAUCUUCAGCGGCACCGGAAGGGCCACAGUUGCCUGGAGCUCCGCACCCGCCGGCCCCGGCGCGGCCCCGGCCCGGAUCCGGGAGCGUCUCCUCCCACAGAACCCUUCGGCCUCCAUCAGCAGCUGGCCGUCGCAGGGCUCCUCGAGGGCCACGGCGGGCCCGUCCCGGGGGUCCCACUGAUGCCCGGCGCCCGGAUGCCCUUCCCGGAGCUGCUGUGGCGAGCCGUCGCCGGGCCACUGGGGAAAUCCCUGGAGAAACCCGAAGGCGGCUCGUCUCCGCACGGCAGCGGCUCCGUCACACACAGAACGUGGGAGGAGGAGGAGGAGGAGGAGCGGGAAGAUGCUGGCGAAGAGGAAGAGUGACGUGUGUGUGUGUGUGUGUGUGUGUUCCAUCAUAUAUCUGUGGUGUAGUCGCAUCAUCUUCUGUUUCUGGUGCUGGUUGAGCUCAUGAAGAAUCACGCAGGGUCUUUGUUUCUGCGGUACGUAGUUUUUGUAUGAAUCUCGUCUCGUUAAUGUUCACGCUAUGCAAGAUUUCAUCACCAUGGAGUGAUUGAACAAACCUGAUUAAAAAAAAAACUAACUUGAGUUAAGAAUGCAAAUGAAGCAGCUGGAGGCGGAGAGGGGGCGUGGCCUUGCUCUGAACGGGACGUGUAUAUCGCCACCUACUGGCGCUCAGGACCUCAUGACGGGGAAUAUACUGUAGCUGCUCUUAAAUUUAGCCUUUUCCAAAUAAAAAGAGUUUGGAAUUUAUUUUUUCUUUAAAUGAUAGAAUUUCCUUUCAUACCAAAGAAUAACGGUUAGUAGCUGAGAUUAAUAAUAUGUCAAUGAAUUUUUCAGAUAUUUGUAGCCUUUAAAUGUGUUUGUUUUUCUGUCUGUCGGACCAGGUCUCAGUUCUCGCACGUUUAAAGGGCUUUCAGGACUUAAUCAGACGUGUUUGUUUGAUUUUCGUUUACGGCGGUUUUUGCUUGUUUGGGAGGAUGAGCUUGAUUUCAUCCUGAAUUUAUUUUAGAGGACUGAUCUGGUUUUCCUGCCCUCUCAUUUUUUUUUAAAGAAGGUGACGUGGCAGGGUGGAAAAUUCGUUUGUAUACUAUUCUAUUUAUUUAUUUGUCGGUUUGAUAUUUAUUGUGACUUUCCUGGUUGAGGCUCUUGGGUUAUUUUGCAUCUUCUCUUCCUUAGAAGAAUCGAAUCUUCCUUCUCUUUGCUUCCUUCAAGAGCGACUCCUUGAGUCUUUGAGUCUAUGAGUUUAGUCAGAGCAACUCCUUGAGUAUCUGGUCUUUGAAUUCUGUCGGACUGACUCCUUGAGUCUUUGAGUUCAGUCUUAGCGACUCCUUUGAGUUCAGUCUGAGCGACUCCUUGAGUCUUUGAGUUCAGUCUUAGCGACUCCUUUGAGUUUUUAAGUUCAGUCUUAGCGACUCCUUUGAGUUUUUGAGUUCAGUCUGAGCGACUCCUUGAGGAUCGGUUCUGCCUUUCUCCUGGUAAUGGCCUCAGGGAGACGGGUGAAGCCUGGUCAGAUGUACCGUGUGCAAACGCACAUAUAAACGCUCAGGUGCUGUAGAGAUUCAAACGUCCUCUCUUUGCAAGUUUUGCACAUUGAAUGUCUGAUUAAAAGUACAAUGGCCUCCGAUGACCAGCAUAGAAACAGACAGAAUGAAACAUGGAGGAGCCUUGCCUUUCUUAAAGCAAAUACAUAUCGGAGAUAUUUUUGAGAUGAUUUGCAUUAUAUGAGUCAUUAAUGACAUCAACUAUAGCUUUAGCCGCUUUCUUUUCGCUCUUCGACCUUGUACAUCAAAUUGAUUUACAGUCUCUAUAAGACGCACGCCGAGCCUCAUGGGAAGCGUGUCGGGAUGCAUUCUGGGAUUUUCGUCUGUUUGUUACUGUACUGCUGACAGUAGGGAAACUCCCCAAAGAGGUUUAUUUGCACUAAAACGAAAUCUUUGUGUUGUGAAUUAUUAUCUUGUUCCACUUAUGAUGAUUGUAAAUCCUUAAUUUCUUCAACCAAAAAAAAAAAAAAACUCUUUGCAUCAUAUUAAGUAUAUUUGCUGAUUUUUUUUUUAUGUAAAAAGGUCAAGCUGCCUUAGUUUAUUUUUUAUUUUAUUUUUUGCAACUAUUCUCAGGAAAUCUUGAGCCAUGCACUAAAGUGGUUAUGCAAAUGGUUAAUAUUAAUUUAUUGUAUAUAUUUGUGCUUGGAAAUAUGAACGCCCUGUUAUUAAGUAAAGUCUCUCCAAAGAUGUUGUUGUUUAUUGAUUGAUGUAAUUGAAUCUGAGUUGUUUGUAUGUUGUGUGAUGAUUCGGGUGACGGGACGGGCUCCUGCUCAAAGCCUUCAAUCAGGGAUCUGUGUUCUGCUCAGAGUCAAAUCUCAUUCUCAUGUUGUACAAAUGAAGAGCAAAUAAACAAAGAUUUACGUUGAAAUAGA